CAUGCCUAAUCACUUUUCCAGAACAGUCACAAACAAUCUACUCUCUCAAUUCUUCUACUCACUACUUCAAAACUUCUUAUAAAUCCUAAAAUUUCAUUCUCCUUCUUCAAUUUUCAACAAUGGCUUCCUAUAAAGUUGUGUUGAUGCUUGUGGCUACACUAUUUGUUAGUUCCACCAUUGCUCAAUCUCCUUCAUCAUCUCCAACCAUAUCACCCGUUGCCACACCUGCGAUCUCUCCCUCCGCUGACUCACCGGUGGCAUCUCCUCCCGUACCUGUGAAGACGUCUCCAUCUCCUUUAGCAUCCGCCGUCAACUCUCCACCUGCUUCCUCUAACUCUCUCGCUCCUGCUGUUACUCCAUCAUCCAUCUCUACUCCUCCUUCUGAAGCACCUUCACCUUCUGAUAACUCCAUCGCCGCAUUGAACAGAUUCACCUUUGCCGUAUCUGCUGCUGCUGUUGUUUUUGCUGCAGCUUUGAUGAUGUAGAGAAAUUACGAAGAGUUUUUUUUGUUUUCUUAAUCAGGAAUUUACAUGGAUCGUUAACUCUUUACCUCAUUUUUGUUGUUGCUCUGUUUCGGUCCGUGUGACGACAAUUCAUUCAUUCAAUUAUUAUUCUAUGUGCACUCUCAACUCCACCAAAUUUGAAAUAAGCAGCAAUCAAAGAGUUAACAACAGCAGUAUUAGACCCAAAUCCUAAUUUCAAAACAUACCCAUGAACCCUUUUACACUCCUUUACUUUUCCCAAUGCAGCAAAACACUUCUAAACACAAGUAAAUGUAUAACAAUUCCCAACAAUUCCCAACUUCUGCAUUUUCUUAAAAAGACUCACACUUUCUCUAAAAUUACCAAUCUUUGCAUAUUCAGACAUCAAAAGAUUCCAAAGAAAAACCUUAUCAUUCAUAAUCUCAUCAAAUAUUUUUUUCCCUUGAACCAAAUCACCGCAAUUCACAUACAUAAACACUAGUUUAGCUCCUAAAGCCUCAUCAAUUGAAAUUCCAUUAGCAAAUAAUAACAGAAUGAACCCUUUUUCCAUCUUCCAAAGAUUUCUUCUCAGCACAAAGC